AUGGCUCCGACAUAUUUCCCCCUUCGAUGGGAAAGCACUGGAGACCAAUGGUGGUACGCAUCUCCGAUCGAUUGGGCAGCCGCCAACGGUCACUACGACUUGGUCCGGGAGCUUCUCCGCCUUGACGGCAACCACUUAAUCAAACUAACAUCCCUCCGGCGCAUACGCCGCCUUGAAGUCGUCUGGGAUGACGAAGAACAGUUCGACGACGUUGCCAAAAACCGAUGCUCGGUCGCCCGGAAGCUUUUAUAUGAAGGCGAAUCCAAAAGAGGAAAAAGCUCCUUAAUCGGAGUUGGCUAUGGGGGCUGGCUUCUGUAUACCGCUGCAUCCGCCGGUGAUUUGCAUUUUGUUCAAGAAUUGUUACAAAAAGACCCUCUUUUGGUAUUUGGAGAAGGAGAGUAUGGUGUGACUGAUGUAUUAUAUGCUGCUGCGAGGAGCAAGAACAGCGAGGUUUUUUGGAUCAUUUAUGAUUUCGCGAUGUCUCCACGAUUGAUGUCUAGUGGUGAAGAACAGAUUGGGGAUAACGAGAUCCCAUGUGGUUACAAGCAAGAAAUGAAGAACAGAGCCGUUCAUGCGUUGGCGAGAGGUGGUAAUUUGAAGAUAUUGAAGGAGGUUCUUGGUGAUUGCUCCGGUGAAGAUGUUUUGGGUUUUAGAGAUGUUCAAAGCUCAACGAUUUUACACACGGCAGCUGCCAGAGGACAGAUUGAGGUGGUCAAACAUCUUAUUUCGUCGUUUGACAUUAUCAACUCCACCGACAAACAAGGCAACACAGCACUCCAUACAGCUGCUUACAGAGGCCAAUUAUCCGCCGUUAAAGUUCUAAUCCAAGCAUCUCCUUCUUCCGUCCAUUCAAGAAACGACGCCGGAGAGACGUUUUUACAUAAAGCGGUAACAGGUUUCCAGACACCCACUUUCCGGCGACUUGAUCGCCAAAUUGGUCUCAUGAAACAAUUAGUCUGCUCAAAAACAUGCAAAAUUGAAGAAACCAUUAACGCUAAAGAUAACGGAGGAAGAACUGCUCUUCACUUGGCCAUUAACGGAAACCUUCACAGUGACCUAAUCGAACUGCUUAUAAUAGUGGGUUCACUUGAUGUAAACAUCCGUGACAAUAAUGGAAUGGAAAGUACAUCCUCCACUGCUUUCGGUACUCCAGUGUUCAGCAUGCGUUCUGGAGAGCUGAGUCAACUCGAUUCGAGUUCAAAUAAUUCGAACUCGAAUGUGGAAUCCAAGAAGAAGAAACAGAAGGGGAUUCAGCGAUUCCUGAGGUGGAUUAGAAAGAGGAAUGGAAACGGGGGUUUGGUUUUGACUAACAAUGUGAAGGAAAUUCCGGUUCCAUUGAGACAACAAUACUCGACUUCAUUGUUAAACAACAAGAGAACACUUGCUGCAAGGAGUAAUCUUCCCAGUCCAACUGUUAAAAAGAAGCUUGCUUCUGGUUUUGUUAAUGGAGUUAUGCAGGCGAUGCCACAUUUAAAUCGAGGGUCGAGAUCAAAUUCGUUCUCGAAAUCAUCAUUAUCUUCCUCACAGAAUUCGUUGGAUGAUCAUAAAGGUGUAGGAAUUGAUGUUGUGGGUUCAUCCAGUUCCAAUCAGAUGUUUGAUGAUGGAGUUGAUGAUGAAGAACAAGGGGUGGUGAAUAGCGUUAGGAGAUCAACAGUGAACCAGUGCUUCUGUUUUGGUUCACAUGAGAGACUUGUGGAAGGUGCUGGUGAUGAUAAACAGCAGCAUGAGAGUUACGGCUGUUAA